AUGGAAACACCACUGUACGUGAUUCUAGGUGCUGGCGUGGUUGGCCUCACAACGGCACUGGAAUUGAAGACCAGAUUCCCGACCUCGCAGGUCAUUGUAGUAGCCAAACAUCUACCCGGCGACCAAAGCGUCGAAUAUACUUCUCCAUGGGCGGGUGCAAAUUGGUUAUCAAUGGCCACCGAUAAUGGCGUACAGGAAGAGUGGGACGCUGUGAGCUUCAAAAAGUUUGAGAAGAUAUCGCAACAGUCCCCAGAGUGCGGCGUCAGACGGAUGGAUAUCAGAGCCAUAUUUGACUCUCCGAUAGAGAAUGCUGGAAUUGUGUCUCAAGGUACAGGAAAGAUUUGGUAUGAGAAACUGGUCGGUGGACUAUGCGAGGUGCCUAAGCACGAACUCCCUCAGGGUUCAAACUUUGGAUAUGACUUAUCGACGUUCAUGAUCAAUGUACAGUCAUACCUUCCUUGGCUUCAAGUACAGGUAUUGAAAGCAGGGAUUGACUUACGUCGCUCCCAAUACGACGAUAUCAACGGUCUAUUUGACAAUUUUCCGACUGCAAAUACCUUCCUUAACUGUACAGGUUUGGGAUCUUAUAGCUUGAAGGGGGUCGAGGACCAUAAUGUUUACCCAACAAAGUGUAAAUUUCAAAUGGGUGCUUAUUUAUUCAAGGGGCAAAUACUGUUAGUCGAAACACCUUCGAAGCCUCUCGAAAAAAUGUAUUUUCGGUCACCCAAACGAGUUGCGAGCGACACAACAUACGUGUUUCCUCGAUAUCCACACGGGGGAGUUGUCCUUGGUGGCUGUCGGUUAGACGGAGUAUGGGAUGGAAACGUCGAUUUGGAUUUUGCCGAAGAUAUCAAAAGAAGAUGUUGUGCUUUAUGUCCAGACCUUGGCAAGCCAGAAGAUCUCAAAGUAUUGUAUCAUGCGGUUGGAUUGAGGCCCAGUCGGAAAGGCGGGCCUAGGAUUGAAGCACAAUUCUACGGUGACAAGAUGGUGGUUCAUAAUUAUGGUGCAGCUGGAGCUGGAUAUCAGGCGUCUUGGGGCAUGGCGAAGCAUGCUGUCGAUUUGAUUGUCCAAAACUCACGCCUAUAA